CUAGAUCCAGUAAGGCCACACAGUUUGGGCUUACCCAUAAUCCACUUACGGCCCAUAUGUCUUUGCUCAUUUAUUAUGGGCUAGGCACAAGGUUAAGGCCCAAAAGUCUGUACAUUACUGAUUGAAUUAUGGCGGGUAGGCGGAUCUAGAGGGCGCUAAAUUUCAAACUGAAAUCACCCCGAAGACCAUGCUCCAGAUUUCCUCUCAUGAAUCCAUGCCUGGCUCAGAGCAAACCGUCUGCGCUUUUGCGUCUCCGCUACGUCUGUACUUCAUCCCGGAGUCACGCUUCCCGCCUUGAACCGCACAAUUCCACCAAUCUCUUGAGUGCGUACUUCAAAUCGGGAAGGGUUUCGGAUGCAGAGAAGCUGUUCGAUAAAAUGUCUGACAGAAACGUAGUCUCGUGGUCCAUUGCUAUUCACGGCUACGCCAUCAAUGGGCAUCACGUGAAGUCGAUCAAUGCGUUCACCCAGAUGCGUCACUCCGGUUUGGUCCCCAAUUCCUUCACUGUGGUUGGAGUCCUCAUUAGUACCGGCGGUUUGUCUGACUUGGUCCUCGGCAGGUCUGUGCAUGGACUUGCCGUCAAAAGUGGGUUGCAGUCGGAGUCGAUCGUUGCAACCGCAGUGUUGGACAUGUAUGCCAAAUGUGGAAACGUGUUCGAUUCUUAUAAAGUGUUUGAGGAGCUGAAGGACUUGCAUUUGGUCUCGUGCAAUGCCAUUGUAGCGGGAUUUAUUGCCAAUGGGCUAUGCAGGGAAAGUUUUGUGCUUUUCGGAAAGUUGAGGAAGGCUGGUUUAACUCCUAAUUCGUCUACGAUGUUGACCCUUAUUAGAGGCUGUAUUGGCUUAGGGAUUAGGAUUCUUUCUGAAUCAAUUCAUUGUUUAAUUAUUAAGCUAGGCUUUGGAUUGGAUGUUUCUGUUAACAAUGCAGUUAUUGGCAUGUACUCAAGUUUCCUGGACAUUUCUGCAACCGGGAAAGUUUUCCAGGAGAUAGAAUGUAAAGACAUUAUCAGUUGGACAACCAUGAUGGGAUUAUUGGUUGGCAUUGAAGAUGCCCUUGGGGCUAUUAGGCUCUACUUUGAAAUGAAGGGCAAUGGGUUUUAUGUUGAUGCAGUAGUAAUCAUGCAUCUUAUUUUGGCUUCUUCAGCUUUAGGAAACUUGAAUAUGGGAAGACAAGUCCAUGCUCAAGCUGUAUUCCUUGGACUGCUAACAAAGCUUCCUGUUGUAAAUUCCCUCAUCAAGAUGUACCUGAAGUGUGGCGAUUUGGACUCAUCAAGUACUCUUUUUGAUGGAACUACUGAAAAGAGUCCGGUCACUUGGACUGCCAUGAUCUCAGGACUAACAAAUAAUGGCCAUGCAAGAGCAGCUUUGGAUCUCAUGAGCAAGGCAAGAUGGGACUACAGUUGUUGCCUUGAUUCAGUGACAAUUCUCAGUGCUAUAAUUGCUUGUGGUGAAAUCGCUGCUUUUGAGUUCUGCCAGCAGCUUCAUUGCUAUGCGUUCAAGAUGGGAUAUGCACAUCAUGUACCAACUUCAAACAGCCUUAUAUCAGCUUAUUCCAAGUGUGGAAAUGUCCAACUUGCGCAUAUUGUAUUCAAGGAUAUGGGUCCUUUUUGCAAUGUGGCCUCUUGGAAUAUGAUUAUAUCUGGUUAUGGUAUCAACAGCCAAGGAGAACAUGCUGUUGCCCUUUAUCAUGAAAUGCUGAAAGACGGCAAUGAAGAACCUGAUAGUGCGACUUAUUCAGCUGUACUUACUGCUUGCAGUCAUGCAGGGUUAGUAGAUAAAGGUGUGAUGAUAUUCAAUCGGAUGGUGGAAGAUGGUAAAGUGAAGCCGAGAGAAGAGCAUUUUGGUUGUGUUAUCGACUUGCUAGCACGAUCAGGAUUUGUCGAUGAUGCAAGUGGGUUUGCUAAGAAGUUCCCUGAGAAAAUGAGCCUGAAUGCUUGGAAGGCUUUGCUCGGUGGAUGUGCUGUUCAUGGUGAUUUGCAGGUUGCUGAGCAUGCUGGAAGGAGAUUAUUUGAGCAGGAGUACGAGGAGUCAGGUGAGGUUGUGCUCUUGUCGAAUUUAUAUGCAUCAGUUGGAAGGUUUGAAGAUGCUGAAGCAUUGAGAUUGAGGAUAGAGAACAAAGGUUUGAGUAAGGAUCCCGGGAGUAGUUUUGUUAAUGGUAUGAUGCAUUAUGAUUGUGGUUGAGAUGUUGGUUAAUUGGGGAUAGUCCAAUAGUUGCAGCUUGAACCCAAUCAGAAAAGGGUUCGAGUUCAAGGUGUGAAAUUCUCUGAAAAGUUAGGAUUUUGUUUGGUGGGUUCCCAUAUCCCAAUGGACAAUGACUUACACAUUCAUUGGUGUGAAAUGACAAAUCUUAACUUUAAUAUUUGUUGGGGCAUACAAUAAUGCAGUGCUACUUUGUGCUUCUUAAAGGAUGCCUUGCUACAGGGUAUUUCAAUUUCCAAAGGGGCACAAGUCGAUGACUAACCAAAGUCUUUGAAAUGUCAAGGGGGAAAAAAAAGUAGAUUGUUUUCCCAUAGAAGUCAUGUAAUCGAAAUAAAAGACUCAUUUCGAUAGUCGAAUAGUUUAGAAACGAACAUGGUGAACAUCGUAAUACAGACAAGAAAAUAAAUCUACUUAAACUGCAAAUUCAAAAAUUAACUCCUGAUGCUGCUAUUUGAGAUAAGAACAGCUGAACAAGCACCAUAUUACUUGCAUUUCUAACAAUGUUGAUGGAUGAUAGGAAUGGAAGGGACAAUUCCAAGAUACUAUUCCCUCCUGCCACACAGGGGAAUGAGAUAGAUAUAUGCCAAACCAAUCUACACCACUUAUAAAACUGAAACUGUGUAUGUGCCAUAUAUUCUGACCAGGACACAAGCUUAAUCUUCAAGCAACAGGCACAAAGGGUCAGUGAUUCCACAUGGAUAAAGCUCAAGCAGAACAAAAAGAACAUGUGCCCUGUACUCUGUAGUAAAGAACAGAGGAAUUUCCAAGUAGCAGCAGCAUGGCAAAUCAUUUAUUCCAAGAAAAUUUCCACAGAAGAAACACAGUGUGGAGGAAAGGAAGUUGAAGACUAACUCGAAACUUGAAAGCAACAGCUUUUAUUUCGUUUUGGCAUCAAACCCGGCUGUGGCUGCAAUUGCUCUAGCCAUUCCUAUCAACCCAGAAAACCGGAAAACAGAGCACAUCCAUUAUUUUCUUUUUUUCCCUGUACUUUUUCUUGGCUAAAUAGCCAGAUCAUCGUGUCUCCUAUCUUAAUCAUGGUUGUGGGCUCUACCUAAAGUUUUCAGCUUUGGUCAUGUGACAUUAACCCAGGAACACCAUCAUCAUGAUUUCCAUUUCAUCAUUCACCGGGCUCCUUUGAAUCAUCAUCAUCAUCAUUCUCAUCAUAAUACUAAAAAAAGGGGGAAUUGGAUCCUUUAUCAAUUAUGGGGGUGAUUUCUUUAUCUGGGUUUGCUUCCUUUUCCCUCCCUUCUUCUUCUUCUUCUUCUUCUUCUUUUGAUCAGAUUUCUAUCUUAUUCAAUUAGUUUAGCCUUAGCCCUUAGGUCGUUUGACAGAUCAAAGGCGACAAAACAAUUCCAAAAGAGAUAAAGGGUAGAUCUUCAUUCCAAGUCCUUUUCAGCCUUUCCCUUUAGUUUUUGUCCCAUUGUUUUAAUUCAAUCAGCUGUCUUUAAAGUAGGCAUGCAUCCAAAAGCCAAAGACUUUGUUGGAUAUGAUGUGAUUAACAAUAGACUGUAGAUUCCCCUGCAUCACCAUUGCUGUGGGUCAUCUUCAUUCAAUUGCAUUAUUGCAAUUCCUGUCUCAAUUCCCAGAUUUGUGUUGUGGGUAAAACACGAUGAUAUGCAAUUAUGGAAUUUUACUUUUUACCUUUUACCCAUCACAUCCAUUCACCCUCCCCUUUUUACCAUUCUCAAUGAUUUUGGUAGCUAGCCAUAGGUUUUCGUAGGGGAACAAAAGGUAAAGGUUGUCAACACCAAAAUCUUAAUCAAUUUCAUCGUAGGAUCCCAAAGUAACUUGCUACAUUUGACUAUUGGGUAUGUUCCUCAAAGCCCCCCAUCCUAGGCGCAAUCCACUCUCCCUAUUCUUAGAUUUACCCGUGAUAGAUUGCAUGCAAUGCAAGGCACAAGCUUCUAUUUCAUAUGCUUCGACUUUCGAAUUAACAUUCGUGUUUCUU